UACGUUUGGCGCGCUUUCGUUUUUGCCCUCCUUUCCCAACAUUUCAUCGAGCAAUUUGCAUCUAGUUUCGUCACUUGAAGAAGAGAAUCAAAGGCCAUGGCGGACGGACAGUCAUUCAACAGUAUCUCACUGGGAGGCCGCGGUGGUACUACCGCAGGACAACUUAAGAUUCACUCUGGUGGCAUCUUGUGGAAAAAACAAGGAGGUGGGAAAAUUGUGGAAGUUGAUAACAGUGAUAUUGUAGGCCUUACAUGGAUGAAGGUUCCUCGGACAAAUCAACUUGGUGUAAGAUCUAAAGAUGGAUUAAAUUAUAAAUUCACUGGCUUUCGUGAUCAGGAUGUUACAGGUCUCACAAGUUAUUUCCAGAAUACAUGGAGUAUAACUCCAGAAGAGAAACAACUUUCUAUAAGUGGGAAGAACUGGGGGGAGGUUGACCUUAAUGGGAAUAUGCUAACUUUUCUGGUUGAUUCAAAGCAAGCAUUUGAGCUUUCUUUAGCUGAUGUUUCCCAAACACAGCUUCAAGGUAAAAAUGAUGUCACAUUGGAGUUCCAUGUGGACGACACAACUGGUGCCAAUGAGAAAGAUUCACUUGUGGAAAUCAGUUUUCAUAUACCUAAUUCAAACACUCAAUUCGUUGGAGAUGAGAACCGUCCUCCAGCCCAGGUAUUCCGCGAUAAAAUAAUGUCAAUGGCAGAUGUUGGCGCUGGAGUUGAAGAAUCUGUUGUCACAUUUGAAGGUGUUGCUGUUCUUACACCAAGGGGUCGAUACAAUGUUGAACUUCAUCUUUCAUUUUUGAGGCUCCAGGGACAAGCUAAUGAUUUUAAAAUUCAGUACAGCAGCGUUGUGCGCCUUUUCUUGCUACCUAAGUCCAACCAGCCACAUACAUUUGUGGUGGUUACCCUCGACCCACCAAUUCGAAAAGGUCAAACAUUGUACCCACAUAUUGUUAUGCAGUUUGAAACAGAUUAUGUGGUCGAUAGCACUCUCUCCAUUAAUGAAGAUCUUUUGAACACAAAGUUCAAGGAUAAGUUAGAGCCAACCUAUAAGGGUCUUAUUCAUGAAGUAUUUACAAUGAUACUGCGUGGCUUAUCUGGUGCAAAACUCACAAGACCAGGGAAGUUCCGCAGUUGCCAAGAUGGUUAUGCUGUUAAAUCUUCACUCAAGGCUGAAGAUGGUGUUUUAUACCCACUCGAAAAGGGAUUUUUCUUCUUACCGAAACCACCUACUCUCAUUCUUCAUGAAGAGAUCGACUAUUUAGAGUUUGAGAGACAUGCUGCUGGUGGUUCGAAUAUGCAUUACUUUGAUCUACUAAUCAGGCUGAAAACCGAGCAAGAACAUCUAUUCAGGAAUAUCCAAAGAAAUGAGUACCACAACCUAUAUGACUUCAUAGGUGGUAAAGGCUUGAAGAUAAUGAAUCUUGGGGGUGUCCAAAGUGCAGACGGUGUUGCUGCCGUUCUGCAGAAUGAUGAUGAUGAUGCUGUUGACCCACAUUUGGAACGCAUUAAAAAUGAAGCAGGUGGAGAUGAAAGUGAUGAAGAGGAUUCGGAUUUUGUUAUUGACAAAGAUGAUGGAGGGUCACCUACUGAUGAUUCGGGAGAAGAUGGAUCUGAUGGAAGUGAUACUGGAGAUGAAAAGGAAAAACCUGCAAAAGUUGAAAUCGUUAAGAAAGAGCCUUUGAAAGGAUCUUCUAGUAAGAGUAGUAAAUCUAAAGAUGUUGCUGCUGCUGAUGGAGAUGGGGCUCCCAAGGCAAAGAAACAAAAGAAGAGCAGCAAGAAGAAAGAUCCAAAUGCUCCAAAGAAGGCAAUGUCUGCUUACUUAUAUUUCUCUCAAAGCCAGAGGGAGAGUAUAAAGAAGACUCAACCUGGAAUUUCAUUUGGCGAAAUUGGUAGAGUUGUUGGCGACAGAUGGAAAGGAAUGUCAGCUGAAGAGAAGGAACCAUUUGAGGCAAAGGCUCUGACUGAUAAGAAACGGUAUAAGGACGAGAUCAGCGGUUAUACAAAGAGCUCGGGUACACAACCGAUGGACAUAGAUUCUGCGGACAAUGGAUCAGGCAGUGAAUAGAAUAGAAUAUUACGAGUUAUGAAACCUGCCCUACCUUAGCAUGCUUGCUUUUUUCUUAGACUUGUAUCACAUACUUUCUCCAAGAGAUCCCAUGGUCAUGCUAGUUUAGGCACAAUACCAUUAUUUUUAUAUUUGUGCACUGUGCAACAAACAUCAAUUAUGCCAUUUUGCCAGUUUAUCCU